CGCUGAUGCUAGCUGUGUGUGUGUGUGUUUACUGACUGUUUAUUCACGUGAGAUGGCUGCUUCGUGUUCUUAUAGGUUUCUAAUUUCCUUCUCAUCAAAGCCAAAGAAACACAACAAGAAGUCAGAAGUCACUUCAGCCACGUGUUGGUGGAUUCGCUCUGAUUGACAUCUCCUGGAGUUAUUCUUCUCUUGUCCAAGCAUCUGCUAAAAAGUCGGCGUCAUACGGAGUUUUGGUCGUUCCCUGGAUAUUGACCAAACGUUGUGCUGUUUCCGUGGUGACACUCCAGAGGGACCUUGAUCGACGAGGCUCCCCCCAGAGGAACUCUGAGGGAUCGCCGCCGAAAGGAACAUGUGCUAGAAGUUGAACAUCUGUCCUAAACGACUCUAAAAGAUGAACAAUGAAGAUGAGUUCUACGACGCCGUCACAGGCCUGGAUUCUGAUGAGUCCUAUGAAGGGGUGUCGGAGGCCAGUUUCAAAGACGCGCUGGUGUUCGACAGCAGCAGUCAGAAGAACAACGGAUCGGUGCCACAGGAGAACGGCAUCAAGAAACACAGGACGUCAUUACCUGCGGCCAUGUUUUCUAGAAACACUGUCAGCAUCUGGAGCAUCCUGAAGAAAUGCAUUGGACUGGAACUCUCAAAGAUCACGAUGCCCAUCGCCUUCAACGAGCCUCUGAGCUUCCUGCAGAGAAUCACAGAAUACAUGGACCACACUUACCUCAUCAACAGAGCCUGCUCUCUGUCCGACUCCAUACAGCGCAUGCAGGCAGUAGCUGCUUUUGCUGUGUCAGCAGUUGCGUCUCAGUGGGACAGAACUGGAAAACCCUUCAACCCUCUGCUGGGAGAAACCUAUGAGCUCACCAGACAGGAUCAGGGUUUCCGGCUGGUAUCGGAGCAGGUAUCCCAUCAUCCCCCAGUCAGUGCCUUCCAUGCAGAGAGUCUGGUCGGGGACUUCGUCUUCCACGGCUCCAUCUACCCCAAACUCAAGUUCUGGGGCAAGAGCGUUGAGGCUGAGCCUAAAGGGACCAUCACACUAGAGCUACUCAAGUACAAUGAGGCAUACACAUGGAGUAACCCGUACUGCUGUAUACACAACAUCAUCCUGGGCAAACUAUGGAUAGAGCAGUACGGCACAGUGGAGAUAGUCAACCACAGCACUGGCGACAAGUGUGUGUUGAAUUUCAAGCCCUGUGGGAUGUUUGGCAAAGAGCUGCACAAAGUGGAGGGAUACAUCCAGGAUAAGAGUAAAAAGAAGCACUGUGUCAUCUAUGGGAAGUGGACUGAGUGCAUGUGGAGUGUGGACCCUCAGGCCUACGAGGCCCACAAGAAGUCAGAGAGGAGAGGAGACAACAAGAAGCAGAAAAAUGAGGAGCAGGAGGGAGCGGAGAACGAUGACGCAGACGACAUGCCCGAGGUCCAGGAGACGGUCUCUGUUGUACCAGGGAGCACUCUGCUGUGGAGGAUAGACUCCAGACCGGCACAGUCUGCUGAGAUGUACAACUUCACCAACUUUGCAAUGUCUCUCAAUGAGCUGGAGCCCAGCAUGGAGGCCACCUUGGCCCCCACAGACUGUCGCUUCAGGCCGGACAUCAGAGCCAUGGAGAAUGGCAACAUGGAUGAGGCCAGUAGGGAGAAGGAGAGACUGGAGGAGAAACAGAGAGCUUCCAGAAAGGAGAGAGCCAAGAAUGAGGAGGAGUGGUCUACCAGGUGGUUUCAGAUGGGCACCAACCCGUAUACCAACGCCCAGGGCUGGCUUUACACCGGUAGCUACUUCAAUAGGAACUACCAAGACCUGCCUGAUAUCUACUGAUAGCCUUCACCCGCCUCCUCCUCUAUAACCUGCAAUGACCUGCCUUUCAAGAAAUGGAGAGAAAUGAUAAGAAUCCACAUACCCAUAUUCAUCUCACUGCCAUCAUCAUCAUCAUCGUCAUCUUUAAACAGGCCGACACACCCAGCACAGAGUGGAAAGACCUACAAAGGGUCCAAAAUGCCCGUCACUCCUCUUAAACAGCGGCCCGCUUGAUGACAACUCAGUCUUUAUUCUCAUCAUGUGUGAGUUCACAUCACAUAACAACCUGCAAAUGCUCCUCUCUCAUCAUCAAUCAUCUCUCUGCCCCGGCAUCCAUUAGAGCACAAGAACCGUUUUAUUUCUGACCAAUCACAGCCGCAGAGAGCUGGUACAUGUGAAACAACAAACAAACGGCCCACAAACCCACAGAUCCCAUCUGAAUGUUUAACGUCUUUACAAUCAAGCUCUCCCCGCCUGUCAAGCCUCCGGACAACAUUUAAAACCCUCACAUGUGUCAUUAAUGAGUGGAAAUGAAGUAAAACAUAUUAAUGACGUUGAUGGAUUUAUGGACAUGGACGGACACCCAGUCAGCAGGGAACCCAGGGAGGUGAAUGCUCCUUUGACUGAAGAUGAAUCAUCAGGAUGUUUUGGGAAAAUACAAUAGGUGACAUUGUGCUCUUUAAAGGGGCAAAACGUUAAAGAAAUACUGGUUUAAUUGAGACGAUACAUUGAAUGCAAGCAUUAGCACAUUACUGUCCAUGCGCUACCCUCUCAUUAACCUCCUAAUUAAGGUUUAUGUGUUGUAAUAAGUCAACUACUAGAAAACGAGUGUUUCCUCGACAGCAGAGUGGAAUGUGCAGCAGGACCAGACCUGAGAUCAGAAAAGAAACUACAUGAUGAUCUGAUGUUCUCCUACAUGGCAACCGAGGAAAUGAACAGAGAACAGGUUCAGUAAUGACUCUGUUGUCUUGUCAUUCCUGUGUGUCUGCAAAAAGCAGCAUUGUGUUGUAUGAAGAACAGUUCUAAAAGAAAACAUGGAGCAGCUAGAACACACAUUGAUCUGAAUGUUUAAAUGCAGCUUGGCUGUUACCCAUAUUCAAAACAGGCUUCACACAAAUGCAGAUUUUUCAUCCUCUGGUUCCUAUAUCUGUCUUUACAAGGCCGAGAAAACGGAGAAAGUCUCUCAUGUCUGUUCUGUGCUGGUGGUGUGAGCUGUAAUAAGAAUAAGAAGAGAUUUAAGUAGUAAUGAUCUGUUAUGACAACCACGCUGUCCUGAAAGGUUAAAUGUGAGGGUCAGUGCCUCAGUUCAGCCUCACUAGAAAAGGAGUUUUGGAUUUAAUAGAGAAUAUUUAAUUCCCACAUCAGAUAGAACAACCAACGUGAUGACAUCCCUGAUAUCACUGAGUUAAUACACAUUCAUUGUGUGAGUGAGUAUAAAUAUGUACAGACAAUUAUUAAGCCAUAGUAACUACAAGAGAGGGCGUGGCUAAGUGGUGUGUGAGUGAUGGGAAUGUGACAAUGUGAUCCCUCAAGAUUUACAUUAUUAUUAAUCUGACUCAUGAUUAAAAAUGAAAAUGUUAUACAAACGUAAUAUAAUGUAACAUGCUAUGUGGGAUGUUUCUGUCUGGCUGGAUGUGAUGUUAGAGAACGGAUGGAUAGAGGUCACCUGUAACAUGUCACUGAAGGAAACACUCAACUAGACGGAAAAUGAAAUCAAAGAAACACAAAACUACAGAUGUAAAAUGAGCACAAAGAAUCUAUCAUCGUCUUUUUUUUCUCUCUACGUAUACUGAUUGCAGAAAAAGGAGCCACAUAACAGCGAGUUAAGAGUUUGGCGAAAGAAAAUCUUCAAAAAAAGUGAAAAGUACUUGAAUUAUGUGAGCACAAAAAAAUGAAGGAAGAACAGAUGAUCCUCCUGAGAGGGACAGUCUGACGGAGUGCUGAACAGCUGAUCAGACCGGACGUCUAGUGUUUGUACAGAAACUCUUAACUGAGUUUUCCUCAAAAGUCCCUUUAUCUGCCGCUCUGCUCUGUGAGAAGCAGAUACCGUCUAAGGUCUAUGGCUGUUCAUGUCAAACCCUCGUUGGUCUCCCAUCAGGAUUUAAGAUAGAGAAACGUAUUAUGAACAGUUUCCCCUUCAUUCUCUACAUUCCUUUCAGACCUGUUUGCACUGGUGAGAGCUAGUUUUUAAGAACUUGUUGAAUAAAUGGUGAAUGAUCUCCUAGGUUGCAUCCCUUUAGAUAACAACACGUCUGUUGAGCUGCCCUGUGUGCUCUUCAGAAAGCUAGUUAUGAAGGUGUUGCUCUCUCUACGACUAUCGGUACGUUUAGGAGCGAUCACGUAUUUCACGACUCACAACUCUAUGCAACUGUUGCACCUCAUGUUCAGUACACGUUGUUUCUCCAGAUAAUCACUUUGCCUUCUUAGUUUAUCUUAAUAUAUUCCAAAUGCUUGGACAUUAAUAUAACUUUUGGGGACUACACAUCUUCUAUCAACUUAACUUUUGGUUUGUGUGUUUUUUUUAAAAACUUCAAUCUGUCAUGCUUGGUGCCUCCUUCUUUCAUUCCCUUGUUUUUUGUGUAUUUUUUUAUUUAUGUUUAUUAUUUAUGAUGUUUGAGGUUUUAAUGAAAUAAUUCUGUUGUCAUUGUUUUUCUUUCACGUACGUUGCUAAUUCAAACAGUGCUUCAUUUAAUUAUUUCAAUUAAUCAUGAAUCAGCGGUUCAGUAGAGGUGCAGAGAGUCAUCGUUCACCAGUUUAACAUCUGUCACAUUUACUGUGUAGCUAGAUUUGUCAUUAAAAGAGUAAUUCAAAAUAAAUCACAUAAACACUACUUGAGUUGAGCUUUACACCGGCGACAUGCUGCAGUCCUAAAUGAACCCAAACAGGAAGCAACGUAUUGACUGUACAGUCAUUCCAGCUGGUGAGAUGGUCCAAGUGUCUGGUAAACAUACGGAGCGGCUACGACUAACGCCAUGUCAUUAACCUAGGUCUCUGAUGCUUUGAGUGUUGGUUCCUUCUAUAAAAAAAUGUCUUCUGUUGAGUUUGACCCUCCUUCUCCUGGACUGUAUCAUGGAGUUGUCAAUGUUUUAUGUGUACAAGUGCUGCACAGAAGUAAUCACAAGCAAAAUGGCAUAUUAGUUUGUGCAAUUGAUUUAUUUUUAUAGUAUUUAAGCAAUUGUUGGUGAGAACAUUGUAUCAGCUGUUUUAUUUUCAGGUGGGGGACUGUAAGGGGUCGUAUCCAAUCUGUGGACAGCUUGAGAUUAAUGUACAGGGGGAAAUGUCUACUAAUAAAAUCCUAA